UUGUCAGGGGCAACUGGGAGAGACGCUUUACGCUCACACCAGAGGCUACGCGACAACACUGGAAGUAACUGUCGAUGUCUGAAGCCCUUUUCAGUCUCUACAGAUAAGUUGGCGUCACUUUAGAAGAAAGUGAGCUGAGAGAAGUACACGGGAGAUAUGGCGGUCUAUUUUGAUCACCGCAUUGAGGCCCCUGACAGCAGUGAUGUACCCUUUCAGUUGACCUGGCACUCAAGUCUUCCUAUAUUGGCUGUGGCCUCAAGCAGUCCUGCCACCGGUGGAAAAGUAGACCUGUAUCUGCAGCAGGGGGAGCACGUGGAGAGCUGCCAUGUAGUUCGUCCUCACCAGCCCACAGGGCUGCGCUGGCAUCCCACAAAGCCAGUUUUAGCAGUAGGCUGGGAUAAUGGAGAAGUAGUGCUGCUGACACACCCCUCUGGAGAUCAAACAGUCUUGCCAGGUGUACAUACAACCACCAUCAAACUGCUGGAGUGGAGCAGCUUUGGCAGCCGCUUGGUAACUGGUGAUGAGUCUGGAGCUUUGGCAGUAUGGAAGGUGGAUGCCAGAGGGAGACUUCAUGGAAACCACCUUGUAAAACAUGAAUACAAGAAACCUUUAACUUGCUGCAUCUUCAGACCGUCCACACCUGGAGAUGAUGUGGCAAUGCUAGCUCGAGCAUCUGUGAGAGGAGAUGAGCGUGCGCUGGACAAGUUUAGCUGGAAGGGGGCACCUCUGAAGAUGGGGCCACAGGAGGGACUUGGAUUCUUUAUCUGCACUGCAGAUGGUAAAGUCCAUAGUGUGGAUGAGUGUUGUAAGACGAGUGUCCUUCUCAGUGUGGAGGGCUCCAUCAAGAAACUUCUCUACAUUGAGAAGACAGAGGCCCUCGCAGUGAUCACAGAGAACCUCAUGCUGUCACAGUAUGCUCUCGGACCUGAGGGUGGAGCACAGGAGAUUAUGAAGGGUAAGUUGAGCAGCAAAUCCGGGCAGAAUGUAGACGUUGUGUGGACAGAAGAUAGCCUCCUCAUCACUGCAUCCGGGGAGCAGGUCAUCAGGCUGUGGGAUCUGGAAAGAGAUGACAACUAUGUUUUGUCUCUUGAUGAGACUCUGGGAUAUGAGAGGGGAGAGAUGAUCAACUGUGUUUCAUACUGUGCAGGCAAAGAAAUCCUAGCAGCUGGCACCACCAAUGGACGCAUAGCAAUGUGGAGGAUGGUGGUGCAGUCGGGUAGCAGUAGAGGUGACACUAAGCCCCAGUGGAAACUGCAGACACCAACAGAAAUUGGAGGAAAUGUCACUCAGCUACAGUGGGGCUCCAACCUGAAUCUCCUGGCGGCAAACAAUUCAAACACAGUUCUGAUCCUCUGUGAGCAUGUGAUGUCAGCCCACUUCAGCCAGCAGGUGGCAGCAGUGCAGCUUUCCCCAACACAGCUCAACAUCACUCAGUUCCACGCAGGUCUGCACUUUUCUCUGCAGUCUGACAUACAUGUCAGAGGGGUGUGUGUUACUAAGGACUCAGUGACGGUCAGGAAUGGCAAGCAGGUCACUGUGUAUGAGCUUUCAGGGACAAGUCUGCGCAAUACAGGAUCAUUUCCUUGUGAUUCCCACGUGGUGGCUGUGCACGGCGAGAAUCUUUACACUGUAGAACCAAACCGGGUACAAAUCCGCACACCUCAGGGCACAGUGAAGCAGCUUUUAACCUUCUCCAAGGCAGAGGGAAACCCUGUACUACUCAAUGUGUGCCAGUCCUAUCUGGUGGUGGGCACAGACACAGCAAACAUCAGAGUGUUCGACCUCUCCAGAAGAGAUGCCAAAGCUCACUGCAGCACCAAGAACCUAGCUGACCAGAUUCCCAAUCUGGGAGCACUAAGGUCAGUUAAAUGUAACGCUAAUGGGAGCCAAGUCAGCAUCCUAAUCUCUCAGGUGAAUGGGCGACCUGAUCACAAAGUGUACUUUUAUGAUGUUGAGAUGGACACUGUGACACACUUUGACUUCUUCACUGGCAGACCUUCUAGUGGUAUCUCACAGCAAGAAGAAAGUGAAAAGCAGCAGUGGUCGCUCAAUGGUCGCUCUCCUGUGUCUCAUUUCUGGGAUGAGAGUGAACCUCGUCUUUUUGUCUGCGAGACUGUGCCAGUCAGCUCUGAAUCCAUAUUAAAUAGUUCCUUGGAUAUGGUGGAUGUGUUGGUGGUGACCCUCUUCUGCACACAGGAGCAUGGGCUCCUCCUGCAGGACUGCUCCCCUAGACCUCCAGGCGUGCAGGCGCUCCUCGCUCUGGAUGUGCCCUACUAUUAUUAUAGCUGCAAGGUGAGGACUGAGAGCACGCUGCCUGUGCGUGUUCUCAAUUUAGCCGGGGUGAUCCACAUAAAAAUCUGUUGCUUAUUUUUUUUGUGUCAUGUAUCAUGUGUCUUUUUAUUUAUGCUUGUCAUUAUUCUUAUGUGCAACUCUGUGUUUGGUCCAAUACACCCCCAGCUAUUAUUUCGGAGGGGUGAUGUAUUUCUGCCUGAACCAGGUGAGAAGGAUCAAGGGUUGAUAGAGGUUUCGGCAUCGUCACACCAAACCCAGCCAACGACAGGGACGCCCUCCCAGGUCCCUCAUAUGGUGUCCCGGAAAGCUCUUAGAGACUUUAUAGGUCUGGAGAACUGUGAGAAGGCCACCCGUGACGCCAUGCUCAACUUCAGCUUCUACCUGACUAUCGGUGACAUGGAUGAAGCCUUUAAGUCUAUAAAGCUCAUCAAGAGUAAAGCGGUGUGGGAAAACAUGGCACGGAUGUGUGUGAAAACCCGCCGGCUGGAUGUGGCACGCGUGUGCCUUGGGAAUAUGGGAAAUGCCAGGGCAGCAAAAGCACUAAAGGAGGCGGAGGCUGAGCCUGAACCAGAAACCCAAGUUGCUAUGUUGGCCAUUCAGCUUGGCAUGCUGGAGGAUGCAGAAAAUUUGUACAAAAGCUGUCAGCGCUAUGACCUGCUGAACAAUUUCUAUCAGGCUUCUGGUAAAUGGCAGCAGGCUUUGGAGACAGCUGAAGUUCACGAUCGCAUCCACCUGCGCGCCACGUACUACAGUUACGCCAAAUACCUGGAAUCCAUGGGCGACAAGACACUGGCCCUCACUUACUAUGAGAAAUCAGACACACACAGAGUUGAAGUGCCCAGAAUGCUCCAGGACGACACGUCAUCUCUAGAGAUUUAUGUUAACAAAAUGAUAGACAAGAGCAUCUAUAAGUGGUGGGCCCAGUACCUGGAGAGCCAGGCAGACCUGGAUUCUGCACUACAUUUCUACGAGUGUGCUCAGGAUUAUCUUUCCCUCGUUCGAAUCUACUGCUACAGGGGGGACAUUCAGAAGGCGUCAGAGAUAGCCAACAAUACGGGAGACAGAGCAGCUUCUUACCACCUGGCCAGGCAUUACGAGGGACAUGAUAUUAAACAAGCUGUUCACUUCUACACACGAGCCCAGGCCUACAAUAAUGCUAUACGACUUUGUAAAGAGAACGGCCUGGAUGACCAGCUGAUGAACCUGGCCCUGCUCAGUAACCCAGAGGACAUGAUGGAGGCUGCGUGUUACUACGAGGAGAAAGGCUCCCAUUUGGAUCGUGCUGUUGCGCUCUACCACAAGGCUGGCUAUGUGUCCAGAGCUCUAGAGCUGGCCUUUGCCACCCAGCAGUUUGGUGCUCUUGAGAUGAUCGCAGAGGAUCUCAAUGAGAGCUCAGACCCAGCCCUCCUGGCUCGCUGCUCUGACUUCUUCAGCACACAUUCCAAGUAUGAGAAGUCAGUGGAGUUACUGGUAGCAGCCAAGAAGUACCACCAAGCCCUGGAACUGUGCGUGACGCAGAACCUAACAAUCACAGAGGAUUUGGCCGAGAGAAUGACAGUACCUGAUUCGAAGGAUAUGUCCGAAGAGGCCCGCAAGGAGCUGCUGGAGAGGAUCGCUGACUGUUGCAUGCGGCAGGGCAAUUACCAUCUGGCCACUAAGAAAUACACACAGGCUGGCAACAAACUCAAGGCAAUGAGGGCGCUCCUGAAGUCAGGCGACACAGAGAAAAUUGUUUUCUUUGCCAAUGUUAGUCGUCAGAAAGAGCUUUUCAUCUUGGCCGCCAACUAUCUCCAAUCUCUAGACUGGCGUAAAGAUCCAGAUAUCUUAAAAACAAUUAUUGGUUUCUACACUAAAGGCAGGGCACCGGACCUGCUUGCUGGCUUCUAUGAAGCUUGUGCUCAGGUGGAGAUUGAUGAUUACCAGAACUAUGAAAAGGCUCUGGAUGCUCUGACUGAGGCAUCAAAGUGUCUCUCAAAAUCAAAGGACGCUUCAAGCGGACAACAGGAAGUGCGACUGGCUGAUCUGCAGCACAAGAUCACCUUAAUCAGGAAGUUUGUCCACAUACGCAGUUUGUACAGCGAGGAUGCCGGUGAGGCGGUGCAGCUGUGUGAAGCCCUGCUGGAGGAGCCAGAGCUGGACCCUGCUGUGAGGAUUGGAGAUGUGUUUGGUUUCCUUAUCGAGCACCACUGUCAGCAAGGCAACUUCCAAUUGGCCAAUCGUAAACUGGAGCAGCUCCAAAAGCUGUUGCCAUCCCAGAAUGUUAGCUACUACAUCAGCCAGGCCAGCCUAGUGGCCCUGCAGAAAGAGCUUGGUAUACCUAUGGAUCGCAGUGACAACAUACACAUCUCAAAGGAGGAAGACGAAGUGGAGGAGGAUUUAAACAUGUUUUAACCCAGUGAAACUACAGGGUGGGCCAUUUAUAUGGAUACACCGUAAUAACAUGGGAAUGGUUGGUGAUAUUAAAGUC